AUGCAAAGAUCAGACUUAGGCGCCUGCCUUACGCUUCGGAUUCGACUUCGAUUCUUGACAUUCUUGACCAGUACGCAACAGCACAGGUCCAGGUUUGCCCAAUCGAGCUUCUGUCUUGCAUACUUAAUAGAAAGACUUCUUUAUGUUCACAAGCUAUCCCCCCAUGCGUUCGCACAAGACUCAAGCUUGAUCCUCUUCACUAUGUCUUGGACUUUUGCAGAGCGCGCGUGCCGAGCGCUACCCUCGUCGCUCAACCCUAAAUUCCAAAAUCAUCACUUCACUCGCCGAUUGUUGUGGGCCGUUCUUGCAACCCUAACCCCCAUCCCUCCUCGUAAGGCUCAGUCAGGCUUCCGCGUUCUCGUGCACCCUCCGUUCCACCCACACGCGAUGUUCGACCGGCGAUGCCCCUUAUGCCCACGGCCGGGAGCCCGCACUAGCUCGAGGCAGGCAGUUCUGUCUUCUUGCUGUUUAUGUCACUGUUUCGUAUGGAAUGAUGGCGUGAGUAGCCUCGUGCUUGUGAUGGUGAUAGCGCCAUCCCUUUCACAGUGCCCCGGGUUCAAUGCAGCGAAAGCUGUAGGGAGGAAGUCAGGUCUAGUCUCUUUUAGGGAACAUGAACGCUCCUGCAAAAGUGACUCGAUAUCAAGAUGCUACCCUUCUGAGCAACCACUUGGCUGGCAAGGAAAGGUCCAAAGUGUCACAAUUGUUGCUGGAUGGGCUCGAUCUUCUCUGUGGGGUCGUGAAUAA